CUCUUUCAUCUUGCAGUGGACUAUAUUUUGCUGGACCCCGCUGAACGCCAACGCCUCUUCAUUUUUCAAACUCCUAUUACGCAACCCAUUUUUGUGGUGCGGGCCCCGGUCCCCUGGCACUUAAGCAAAAAACGCGCAAAAGAGUUCUGCGAACGUAGCCUCUUUGUAUCUUCACAAGUCAGCUUAGGUCUCCAGCAAUUGUGGUGCCAAAAGUAA